CAAAAAUAAUAAUAAUAAUAAUGAUAAAUGAAAAUAAAAAUAAAAAGCAGAGAGUAUCUUGGUGAGAGAGAAGUCCUGCUUCCUGGGGCACAGGCUCUUGUUCCUAAAGAGGAAGAGAGAUCGCACCCAAGAAUGUGUGGAAGCAGCAGUGCAGUGUGCAGAGCAGGGACCCUGGGCCUGUCUCCUGGGCUCCAUCCAAGUUGCUUGUCUUGUCUGUCCCUCAGUUUCCUCAUCUGUUCAGAGGGUACUACAAUAAUACCUACCUCUGUAAAUUGCUGCAGUGAAUUGCAUGAGCUAUUUCCUGUCAAUCUCCUAGAACAUUUAUUGUCACAGAGUAAACACUGUCUAUUAGUUCUUCAUUCUGCUGUUUCUAAAUUAACACAAACUUUAUUAGCAUUUGGGCAUAUUUCCUUCAUGGCCUUAUGGUCUUAUGUCUCACACUUUAUGCUUCAGAUAUGAUUCUUAAAACCAUAUCUGAAUAUAUGAUUUAAAAAUCAAAUAUUUUUAAAGUCCUAGACAUAUUUGUCCUUGAAAUACCCAGUAAAAGGGAAACCAUCAGUCCCAUAGUCCUAGGGGCCUUCCCGACUGUACAAGAAAUCACUACUUCAUGCCCUAAGCAGUGUUUCAGAGGAGAGGUUGCAAGGCUUGAGAAAGUGGCCCCGCAUUCAGAGUCAGACCUCAGGGGCUGUGAAUUCUGACUCCACUUUGUUGUGGUUGAAUCAUCUUGUCAACUUCCUCGAUGUGCCCUUGAGUUUCUCUUUCCUUGUCUCUAAAUUUUGGAGGAUCAGAUGCCAGAAAGUCAGGAGACUGAAGAGUAAAGAUGUGGAAAUCCCUGCCUAGAGCCUGGUACUGGGGAUAGUUUUGUCCUUGGGAUGGACGUGGCUCCUGCCCUGUAGGCAAUGACCACAGCAGCAUGUCCAGCCUUCCACUGAGGCAGGCGUGUCUGUCUUUUCUCAGAGUAUGAAGAGUGCAAAGAGCUCCUAAAAUCUAUGCUGAGGAAUGAGCUACAGUUCAAGAAGGAGAAGCUUGCAGAGCAGCUCAGGCAAGCUGAGGAGGUCAGGCAAUAUAAAGUCCUGGUUCACUCUCAGGAACGAGAGCUGACCCAGUUAAGGGAGAAGUUACGGGAAGGGAGAGAUGCCUCCCGCUCAUUGAAUCAGCAUCUCCAGGCCCUCCUCACUCCGGUUGAGCCGGACAAGUCCCAGGGGCAGGACCUCCAAGAACAGCUGGCUGAGGGGUGUAGACUGGCAAAGCACCUUGUCCAAAAGCUCAGCCCAGAAAAUGACAAAGAUGAGGAUGAAGAUGUUCAAGUUGAGGAGGCUGAGAAAGUGCAGAAAUCAUCUGCCCGCAGGUAACACUGAAUACUCAGGAGCAAGUAAUGGGUGGUAACAUAUGAAAAGUCUAGGAGGCACACCCUCUCUGGCAUCUACAAUGGGCCUAAAGCCUGCAUUCCCUUGGCCAGAGUAUGUGAAAUUCUGCCCAACUUAGAUGCAGAUUGUGGCAGCUGUCGUGUUUCUCUAUGUGUGCCGAGUGUCAUGUCUGUACCAUACAGGGAUAGCUGAGUCUUCAUCCUCCUCAGCUCCUAUCUGUCCAGUGCAAUGAACACCAGCUGCUCUCUUCCUCUCUGGCUCCCAUGGCAGCCAUGCUCUGUUGCAGAGAGAAGAGGAUUGCAUGUUCCCUCUUAAAGGGAACCUCCUGUUUGCUUUCUGGGACCACUCUCUUAAUGCCGCCUGUCAAAACCAGCUAGGACUCCCUGGGGUCCAAUCCCUCUAUGUUUA